CUACAACUGGCAUAUAUAACCGAGGUUUAAGUUUAUAUACUCAGAAGAUUAACUGGAAUUACAAGCAACCUGGAUUAAAUUUGAUUUGCGUUGCUACAUAUAGCUAUAUACCUAUUCAGUUACAGUAGUCAUUCUAGACGGCAUCAGCAUAUUGUCGCAUAUACAUUAUGUGUAAACCAGAACGAGAGACAAUGACAGAGCAAUCAAAUAGGUCGUCAGCUAUAAAUACAUCCUCGGAGUUGGCCGAUAUAACACGAGAACUGGCCGGCAAUCAAAAGCUUUCUGUUGCAGUUGUUGGCGGAGGCGUUGCAGGAUCCACAAUCUCGCUCCGUCUGAGUGAGAUGGGUGUCAAUGUCACGCUCAUCGAGAAAGGUCCAGGGCUCGUGAAUGGCCCACCAAUGUGUCACUUACACGCUGGAGGUAACUUGUACAGAGAGAUUUCGGACCAGCAAUGUCUAAAACUUUUGAAACAGAGUAUUGAAACCGUACGUAUAUACCCCACUUGCAUCAAUGUUCGCCCUACUGUAAUUACAGUGCCUACUCAGGACAAUGGUGAACCAUUGGACCUGUUGCCCCGCUUGCGCCUGCUAAAGGCUAGGUAUCACGAGCUUGUGGCUGAGAAUCCCAGGAAUAAAGUACUGGGCGAGCCUAAUAACUACUACCGGUUGUACGAACGAGCAGAGCUUGAACAGUUGGCUCUCAGGCCCACUCCCACUGCACCCAAUUGUAACGAUGAUUGGAUGGUACCCAUUGCUAAAGAGGUUGACCUGAAUAGGCUCAAGUUUCCCUUGGUACUUGUCCAGGAGUAUGGGUUGAGUUCACUGAGAAUUGCGGCAACAGCCGAGCUGACGCUAGGAGCUUUGGAUAAUUGUGACCUACGCACUCACACAGAGCUACUCAGUAUGAAGGAGAAGAGCGUACCAACUACCACAGACUGCACCACAUUAGUUCGCACAAACAGUGAGUCGGAGAGUGACAGUGACACUGACAACGAGGGCGAGAGUGGCUGGGAGUUGUCAGUCAGAAAUGUGCAAACCGGUCAGACUGAGGUGCUGAAUGUAGACUAUGUGGUCAAUGCGAGUGGAUACCGCACGGGGGCUAUGGAUGACAUGUCUGGGUUCAAACGCGAGAGAUUUGUGGAAUUCAAGGCCGCAUACGUGACCAAGUGGAACGGGAAUGGGGCUGUGUGGCCUGAGGUUAUUUUCCACGGAGUCCGAGGUACGCCCAAGGGUAUGGCACAGAUCACACCUUACCCAGACGGACACUACCAGUUGCACGGCAUGACUAAGAAUAUUACCUUGUUCGAUGGGGGUCUGGUAGCAAGCACCGAUGAGUCCGCUCAACCGCAACUACCCGCCUCACUGGAGAGCAAAAUCACCACCGGAUGGGAGAGAGAGGAGCUGAUUGAGCGUGCGGACUCGAGUAUCGGUCACUUGGCCGGGUUCAUCCCCAGUUUUACUAAUGCUACAUGGGGGGGUAAGCCUCUAUACGGGGCCCAGCAGAUUCCCGGUAAGGAUGCGUCUAUGCGUGCAGCCAGUGUGUCGUUUGAAAAGAAACGGUACGCACGCGCAGAGAUUGUGAAGGCCAGCAGUGCGCUUACUGCGGCUAAUGAAAUAGUCGAAGAGUUGAGGCAGCUGAGAUUAUUGGAUAGUAAAUGCAGCGAGCUUGAUUGUGUGAAAACCCUGGAGGAGAGGUUUGCGAAGUGUUUGGGAUUUAAUGGUCUUACCAUCGAGGACAAGGCGGUGGAACUGGCAAUCAACCGCAACUACCCCGCGGCCAUUGCACGGCCGUAUAGCUACCCGUCUGUGGCGAAGAAGAUUGGGGCAAAGGUUGUAGCGUCUAGUUCGUGUACCACAGCGCAACUGGCGGUUAACUUAGCAGCCGUCCGUAUGGGCGAGGCAUGUUAAUCGCAUACACCUACGUGAUGAAGCAUAGGCAUAUGUAUACAUCCAUGCCUACCGUAUCUCAGCACGGAAGUUAAUUUUUGAAUUGGAGAACAUACGCCGGUCUGUUAGUGUAGUAGCACGCAGACAAUACAUUAGGAUACGCCGCGACCACCCUCCAAUGACUCGCGCGCAUCAGUAAAGCCCAAAGAAAAAAGAAAAAAAGGAAGCCAAAAACAGGGCUAGAGAGAUAAGAUAGCUUCGCAACGCAAGAUAGCGGCUAUACCACACCGCAGUAUUAAAAUUUGUAGACUCCCUUUUGUGGGUUGUUUUCUUAUGUCCCCGUGUGAGUCGUUGUCUUGUGUUCCUGUGUGGCUUUCGUCUCCUAUCUAUCGAUGACAUUUGUCAUGUCGAGACCCGAGUGCUCGCCGAGUCUGUGCCUAUGUCGCAGACGGGGCUGAAAACACACACCGGCACUGCCUGGAUAGUGUUUUGCUACCAGCACUCGGCAUCCGGUUACUGAGUAGAUCCACGAGGCUGAGAGGUCUUCAAACGUCUGCUGAGAUGCUUAUGGUUGACAGAUGCAUUCAUCAUACACAAU